AUGCCAAAUAGAGCUGAAGACAUAAGCCUCUGUCUCAAUCAUCACCAUGGACCCGAUUGCCCUGUGAUCACCCUGGAUUGCCCUGUGAUCACCCUGGACCUUAAUGCCUGGCCCCUGGACUGCCCUGGGAUCACUCUGGACUGCCCUGGGAUCACCCUGGACUGCCCUGGGAUCACCCUAGACUGCCCUGGGAUCACCCUGGACUGCCCUGGGAUCACCCUGGACUGCCCUGGGAUCACCCUGGACUGCCCUGGGAUCACUCUGGACUGCCCUGGGAUCACCCUGGACAGCCCUGGGAUCACCCUGGACUGCCCUGGGAUCACCCUGGACUGCCCUGUGAUCACCCUGGACUGCCCUGGGAUCACCCUGGACUGCCCUGGGAUCACCCUGGACUGCCCUGGGAUCACCCUGGACUGCCCUGGGAUCACUCUGGACAGCCCUGGGAUCACCCUGGACAGCCCUGGGAUCACCCUGGACUGCCCUGGGAUCACUCUGGACUGCCCUGGGAUCACCCUGGACAGCCCUGGGAUCACCCUGGACAGCCCUGGGAUCACCCUGGACAGCCCUGGGAUCACCCUGGACUGCCCUGGGAUCACUCUGGACUGCCCUGGGAUCACCCUGGACAGCCCUGGGAUCACCCUGGACAGCCCUGGGAUCACCCUGGACAGCCCUGGGAUCACCCUGGACUGCCCUGUGAUCACCCUGGACUGCCCUGGGAUCACCCUGGACAGCCCUGGGAUCACCCUGGACUGCCCUGGGAUCACCCUGGACAGCCCUGGGAUCACCCUGGACUGCCCUGUGAUCACCCUGGACUGCCCUGGGAUCACCCUGGACUGCCCUGUGAUCACCCUGGACUGCCCUGGGAUCACCCUGGACAAUGUUGCGUUUUUUAUCGUGGUUAAAACAUCCUUCUCCCCACUGUCCUCUCUCUCCCCCACUGUCUUCUCCGUCCUCUCUCUGUCCCUCCCCCACUGUCCUCUCUCUCCCCCACUGUCCUCUGUGUCCUCUCUGCCCCCCUCUGUCCCCACUAUCCCCUCUGUCUCCCUCUGUCCCCACUGUCCUCUCUGUCCCCACUGUCCCCUCUGUCCCCACUGUCCUGCCCCCCUCUGUCCCCACUGUCCCCUCUGUCCCCACUGUCCCCUCCGUCCCCCUCUGUCCCCUCUGUCCCCCACUGUCCUGUGUCCUCUCUGUCCCCACUGUCCCCUCUGUCCCCACUGUCCUCUCUGCCCCCCUCUGUCCCCACUGUCCCCUCUGUCCCCUCCGUCCCCCUCUGUCCCCCACUGUCCUGUGUCCUCUCUGUCCCCACUAUCCCCUCUGUCCCCCUCUGUCCCCACUGUCCUCUCUGUCCCCACUGUCCUCUCUGCCCCCCUCUGUCCCCUCUGUCCCCACUGUCCCCUCCGUCCCCCUCUGUCCCCUCUGUCCCCCUCUGUCCCCCUGUCCCACUGUCCCCCUCUGUCCCCUCUGUCCCCACUGUCCCCUCCGUCCCCCACUGUCCCCACUGUCCCCUCCGUCCCCCUCUGUCCCCACUGUCCUCUCUGUCCCCACUGUCCUCUCUGCCCCCUCUGUCCCCACUGUCCCCUCCGUCCCCCUCUGUCCCCACUGUCCCCCUCUGUCCCCUCUGUCCCCACUGUCCCCUCUGUCCCCUCUGUCCCCACUGUCCCCUCCGUCCCCCUCUGUCCCCCUGUCCCCUCCGUCCCCCUCUGUCCCCACUGUCCCCUCCGUCCCCCUCUGUCCCCACUGUCCCCUCCGUCCCCCUCUGUCCCCCUCUGUCCCCACUGUCCCCCUCUGUCCCCUCUGUCCCCACUGUCCCCUCCGUCCCCCUCUGUCCCCACUGUCCCCUCCGUCCCCCUCUGUCCCCGCUGUCCUCUGGUGUCUCUGAAAUCUGCCAUAAACACUGACUAUAACUCAGUUGACUCUGAGGAUUAUCUCGUCUCCAUGGCGAUGGCGCCAGAGCGGCAGUACUUCAUGGUGACCUCCUCUGAGUACAGCUACAGCACGCUUAAACCAGGACGCAUCUGUCACUGCCCCGCCUACAGGUGGCGCUCUUUGGGCUCUAGAUGGACCCUCGGUGUGGAGCCUGUAGGUACACACAACUCUCUGGAAUACCCAGUGGAAGUGAAGAAACUGCUGGUGCUGAGCAAAGAGCAGGCGGAGCUGCUGCUGUUUGUGCCUGAGGAGGAGAGGCAGACCCUGGCCCAGGGUCUGGCCCAGGGUCUGGGUCAGGGUCUGGGUCAGGGUCUGUGUAUGGGUCUGGUCCAGGAUCUGCAGUCCGCCCUGACCCUGGGUGUGGAUCAGGAUGUUUAUGUCCAGCACCACAGCAGAGUUCUCAGAGGAGUGAUCCGCUACACCGGCCCUGUGCCUGCUCCUGCUAAACCUGCAGAGCUGCAGCCGCGAGUCUUUGGGGUCGAGCUGAUGGGUUAUGACCGCGGCAAAGGCGACAGCGACGGAUCCUACGAACACCAACAUUUCUUCUACUGCGAGAAAAACUGUGGCAUCUUUGUUCCGUUUAACAAGAUCACAGCUGUGGAACCCCAACGAGGUUCUGCCAAGAGAUCAGAGACCAGAGCAGAGACUCGACCAGAGGCGACACGUGAAACCAAACCAGAGACAAAACUACAGACUGAAUCCCAGAAGAGCUUCGCAGAAGCCGUCAAAAGCAAGAAGCCUUGGAUCCGCAAACCUGGGAUCAGAGCUGGGCUCAGGUCUGGCACCAAGUCUGGACCAGUGGACCUCCAACCAGGAGACUGGGUGCAGUUCUCUGUGGAGGGUCGGCCAGUAGAGGGCACUGUGGUGCAGGUGGAGGAGCGGGUAGUGCAUGUCCAUCAUGGUGGUCAUGGGAGCCCCAUCAUGAUGUCUCUGAAGAGCGUUGUGAAGCUGCCGUCUGUCUCAGACUCAGACAGUGCACAUGGCCCUGAUGAGCCCAAAACUGACGCCAAGGAUAUGAUCCAUGUGAAGUCCAGGUUUAGACCUCCGCAAAGCAGGUCUCCAGAGAAGCUUGGACCUGGUCUGGAGACUGGAGCAGAGACCAGACCAGACUUUGACCCGAGCUCCACACUGCAGGCGGGAGAUCCGGUCGUGUUCAUCAAUGACAGCGAUCAGACAGUAGAGGGCGCUGUGGUGUUUGUGGAGCCCAGUAGUAUUGGGACCAUGGUCUACAUCUCGGGCGCCUCUACAACCGUCAAAGUUCCUCUGCAGAGUGUGGCCAAACUGGACAGAGUGGAUCCAGGAGCAGAUCUGAGCUCAGAAGACAUAUACGUGGAUCCGGACUCCACUGCGCCCCCUGCAGACCCCACUCAGCCCAGCUCUCUCGGUCUGGACUCGGCGGUGCAGAUCACUCUUGGAAAAGGAAACGCCUUCGGGACGGUUCGGUGGAUCGGGACUGUGCCUGCAGUUCAGCACACGAUGGCUGGACUGGAACUGGAUGAGCCCAUUGGAGUCGGCGAUGGAACUUUCCAAGAUAUUCGCUAUUUCCGCUGUCCAGACAAACAUGCACUGUUUGUGAAGCUGUCAUCGUGCCACCCGGACUCACGCUUCUCACAAGCCAAUCACAGCCCUCGAAUUGGUGGGGACCCAUCCAAUCACAGUGCUCCUCUGAAGAAAGCUCAAGCCAAUCACAGCACGGAUGAUAAAGAGCCGGCGCCUCCUUUGGGGGCGGAGCAGGUGGAGCGCCUCCUGGUGGGCAGAAUGAGAGGGAUCCAGGGACACCACAACUCCUGCUACAUGGACAGCGCCCUCUUCAGUUUGUUCUGUUGUUCGUCAGUUCUCGAUUCACUUCUGUUUAAAUCGACUUCAACUCAAGACGAAGAAAUUCAAAGCAUCCUCCUGAAGGACAUCGUCAACCCACUCAGAAGAGAAGGUUUUGUGGAGGGAAGUCACGUGAUGAAACUGAGGAGGCAACUUCAGAGACACGGCUUCAGUCAGAGCUUCACGACCGACGAGAAAGACCCAGAGGAGUUCCUGACCGUCCUCAUGCAGCACAUCCUGAACCUGGACCCACUGCUCAAACUGAGUUCCGAAGGAAAGGUCCAGGAUUCUUUCUGUUAUCAGAUCUUCUUGGACCAGGACCACGGUCUGGUUUUACCCUCAGUCCAACAGCUGCUGGAAAAGUCCUUCUACAGCAGCGGACUUAAGCUGGACCAGGUCCCCUCGUGCCUAAUUUUACAAAUGCCUCGUUUUGGAAAAAAGUUCAAAAUGUUUGAGAAAAUCAUUCCAUCUCUGGAACUGGACGUGACUGACCUGCUGCAAGAAGGUCUGAAGGAGUGUGUUCUCUGUGGAGGCGGAGCCUCAGUCGAAUGCUCUGAAUGUUUUAGCGACAAAACAUUCGGUUCCGAAGGAUUCAAGUUUUUCUGUGACCUCUGCAGCAAACAGGUCCACGCCCACCCCCGUCGCCUUGAACACCGCCCCGUGCCCUUGGCCCCUCCCCCAGCACAUUACCGCCGUGGGCACCGGGAGCGGCUCCACCUGCUGGCCGUUCUGUGCAUCGAGACGAGUCACUACGUCUCGUUUGUCAAAUAUGGAGCUGCGCCCACGCAAUGGCUGUUCCACGACAGUAUGGCGGAUCGCUAUGGGGAAGAGGAUGGGUUCAACGUGCCUCUCGUGUCAUUGGCUCCGGAGCUCGGCCAAUACUUGAACAUGUCUGUGAGUGAGCUGUCCAAUCAGAUGCCUCGAGACAUGAGGGGCGUGGCCAAGAGGCUGCUGUGUGACGCCUACCUGUACGUGUACCAGAACCCCGCCCUCCAGCUGCAUGUGUGA